AAAAAAAAAAGAAAAAAGUCAACGAGUGACCGAGUCGGGAGUGCGGUGAUCGACAAAAUCGCUCGGCAUGGGAUUUGGUGCGUGCCGUCCGUGACUUUGGCAACACACAGUGGCGCGCUCCUGCAACAUAUUUUACACGUAUAUACACCCGUGAAACCCAGAGUGUCGGUGGUUCUCGUUUUUCUGAGUCCCCGCCGGGAUAUCGGCGAUCCCUGUUCUCCUUCGCGCGCUUUGUUCGUCCCCCCUUCUCUCGCUCCUCUUGGCCCCGGUUUUUUCCCCCUUUUCGCCCCUUUCGCGUUGCAUUUUAUUCUCCUCCCUCCGUCGCAAUAUACAAAAAUUGGUUCCAUCGAUUUAGCGCGGCAUAAAAAUAUACCUUAUAUAUAUAUAUGCCGCGGUGCAACGACUUUUGCCGCAGUGCUUGAGCGCUCUAUGAAAGUUUGGGCGUCGAGUCGAAAGAGUGCCGUGAUGUAACAGCGAGGACGUGCAAUUAAUGAAAUGGUAUAAAGAUCAAGUGACUCUGGGAUCGGAAGAAGCGCAUAUACGCGGUGUGCGCGGCGUCAAGGAGCCGCGACCAACUGCUGCAGAGACAGACAGUCGGAGGCGAGAUAGACUGCACACGAGAGACGACACAUCCUCUCGCGCGCACACACAGAUGGUAGAGCGAGAGAUAGCGGAGCGGUGGUAGCUGGGAAAGGAACGCAACGGCUCGUUCGGCUCUGAGAUCGCGAUGGCACCUCCCGAUCGACUGAGGUAGUACACAAUAGAACAGAAGAGGAAGAGGAGGAGGAGGAGGAGGAGUAGUAGUGCGCGCCGUCGUCGAAGGAGAAUGUCCUCGAUAAUAAUGGACGACGCGGGAUCAGCCGGAGGCGGGCCCUCUCGGUGUCUCCUGCUGCUGCAGAGGUCCUUGGCGAUACAGCUUACGAGAGGACCGCCCCAGAUUCUCAACGGCGGCAACAAAAGCAGCGGCAACGCCGGCAAUAACUCGACCCAACACGAUCCUUGCAAGGACCAUCCCGCCGACGAGAUGUGGAUGUACGACAAGGGCUACAAUCUUUUUCAAGGCUUCCUGGAAGCAAAUUCGCGAUGCUGGUGGAACGUCGCCUUGGUCGACGCUACUCGACAGCUAAGGUACAAGGGCCACGUGGCCCCAGGAGUGCUGAUGGUCGGCGGACCGCCCUGUGCCCUUGAAGUUUUAAGAGCAGCUUGGGCGAGAAACGUCCUACGACCUCCUGCGGAUCACAUCAUCAGUUGUCUCGGGGACAUCGAGGACUGCCUGGUGACGCCGGUCUCCCAGGGCCAGUUCACACCCCUGCCGGAGGCCCUCUGCUGGGCGAUCCUAGAGCUGACGUCGCAGCGCCAAGCCGCGACCCUGGACACGGUCCGCUCGGCCCUGAGGAACGCCUUCCCGGCCAUGCAGAGGCCGAGCCGCGAUCUCGUCUACGACGCGCUGGCCAAGCUCAUGCAGGACCGCAAGAUCUACCACACGGCCCAGGGCUACUUUGUCGUCACACCGGAGACGCGCCGAUUGCGCCGGGAAUCGGGAUCCACGGCCGGUGGUGGCGGACAGCACAGGAGCUCGCGCGAAAUGACGUCCGGGCGCUCGCAGCCGGCGGGCAUGCUCAUGAGCAACGACGAGGCAAUGGCCCUCGUGCACGGGGAGAUGAUCACCCUGAGGGACGGCGACGUCACCCACCAGGCCGUACAGACCAACCUGGCCGAUGUCAUAUGCGGAGGCAAUCCAAACGACAAAGUCCUGUUUGCUCGAUGCCAGUCGGUGCCGGGCAGACUGGAGAGGAGGCAUUCAUUGCGCCUCUGGGGUUCGGCGAGGCGUCUACACCGAAGCGGUAGCUCGAGGUCGCUGCCGAGGAGGCCCGAAAGGAGCGACACCUCCUCGAGCGCCGAGUACGCCAGCACGGACAGCGCACCCCACAGUCCAACCAGCCUGUCGGGCAUUUUUUCAGAAAAAAUAGGCUUACUGUCCCGACUGUUCCGACGCAGCACCCGGAGAAAGGGGGCGCCCCUCAUGGGCACGUUCAGCGCUCAGUACCCGCCGACCGAGUGGUUCAAUCCGCGCGUAGUUCACCUGCACAGCGUGGCCACGCAAACCAGAGCCGCCAGUCCAUCGAUGAUGGAGGGGUUGGAGCAUUCGCAGGCAAGUUUCCAGGUGUGGGACGAUUCGAGCUCGUUGCGCUCGGCGACGUUGCCCCGGAGGCACCACCACCACCGGCAGCCGAGCGCCGAUUCGUCGAGUCUCCUGGCCAACUCGACGCCCCGUAGCUCGAGGCGCCACCGCUCGCCCUGCUCGACCCUGCCCCGCUCCAAGUGCUCGAGCCUGAGCAGGUGCACCUCGAGGGCCUCGGUCGUGCCCUCCUCGACGACCAAUGGCCCAUCACCGCAACAACAACAACCACAAUCCAACGGCAAGAGCAACAACUCGACCAACUCCUCGCCCAGCCGAAGUGGGGGUAGCUCUGGUUCCGUGCGGGCUGCCCCCGCCAGCAACAACUCCUGCAGCCCCGCCAAGGCCUCCGGCCACUUUAGCCGACUCCAAGGCUCGAGGCACUCGUCCCGCCGGCCGAGCCACGAGCUUACACCCUCCAAUGGGCCAAACUGCCCCACCAAGUCAACCAACGGCUCGCCCCAGCACAAGGUCCUGCAAAAGUCCUCGUCGAAUCACUCGAGCCACUCGAGCGGUAGCAAGUCGACCUCGAGCGGGCGCUUGUCCGCGUCGCCGCUCAAGACGGCGAGCUUGUCGGCCAACUCGUCGCCCCUCAAAGUCAUCCAGCAGCCCCAGCAGUCCCAGCAACAGACGACGCUGACGCCACUGCAGGAGGGCACCCAGAACUCGAUAACCCUCCAGGUCUCGACGAACCUCAGCCCUUCGCAGGAACUCCAAGGGGCGAUACCGAGCGUCCAGAGCAGCGUCACCCUCGCGUCCAACGCCACGAGCACCACCACCAUAUCCGGCUCCCCCGGCACCAAGAUCUACGUCCACCAGAACAGCUCGCCCAUGCGCUCCGUCAUCACCUUUGAGAACAACAAGUCCUCCACCACCACCACCACAACCACGACAACGACCAACAACAACAACAAUAACAAGAGCACCAACAACACCGAGGAACAGCACUUGCUCACCGAGAAGGCCAACAGCAACAAGCAGCCGGUUUGUACGCCCGCGAGGCCGGAGAGGCCCUCCUCCCUGUACGCCAACAACAGGGACAACAACGCCUCGGACAAGGAGAACAAGCCAAAGCUCCAGAGGCAGGACGCGGAGGAGAGCAGCACCAAGAACCAGAUGCUGAACAAGCUGAGCAACAACUACCGGCUGAACAACAGCCAGGCCCACCUGAUCGAUGGUGGUGGCAACGGUGGCUCCGACAAGCCCACCAGCGAGCAAUUGAACAUGAACAACUCGCGCAAGCUCAGCCUGUCGCUGUCCAAGGAUGCACUGAGCUACCGGAACCUCCUGCGGCCGAGCGGCUCCAAGAACAACGUGGCCACCGCGGCCAACACAGCGGCCUCCUCGACCUCGUCCUCGAACCCGCCCUCGCCGACCAAGUCCUACGGGGGUGGUGGCAGUUGCUUCGGGGGCAGCUACAACAACGUGUACAUCGAGAAGCAGCUGGUCCAGCAGCAGGGCAGCGAGCCGAGCCUGUUCAGCAAGACCCCGAGCAGGCCCGAGCUCUACUCGUAUCCUAGUCUCAGUGACAUGCAGGUCCAGUUUACGAGCCUCGCCGCCCAGAAAAUACUCAAGGGCUGUCCUCUAAACAGCGUCGACACCCUCGUCGAGGUCAACAUGGCCGCGGCCGACAAGCCUUGCAACAAUCGCGACCUCGCCCCUCCCACGGUUCACACCGACUUUGGCCUCGUUUGAUCAAUCAUCACCGUCAACCAUCUUUCCUCCAUACCCACACUUAUUGUUGUUUACAACGCGACAUUGCCAUUUACUGCCUUUUACUCGUCAGUCUUGGCGAGACUCUUGGAAGCUUCUUGUUUUUUUUAAGUUGUUUCACGAUACUUUUCAACCGUCAGAUUGUAUAGUUUUUUCCAGGUGGUUGAGCAGUUGUUUAUCGUUAAGAGUUUUGAUUAUCAUUGACUUGUGUGGAUUGAAACUUUUUUUUUUUUUUUUUUUUUUUCACAAUUGUACAUGUAAGAUGUUAUAUGAAUUACGUGUAGCCCCGCGUUUCGGCAUAAUCAUCAUAAUAUUGUUUGUACACAUUUCGCGUCGCUUGAAUCAACGAAAGCGAUUAGCCAAAGUCAUUAAGUAAUUUCUUCGUGUGGAGAAAAAUGAAAGGAAACAAAAAAAUAAAUAAAUCAAUAAAAAUCCAGUAUCUACCACAUGAUAUUAUACGUAUAU